UGCCUAGCUGGAGCAAAAUCCAAAAUGGCGACCUUGAGUAAAACUUCUCCAGAAUUUCGUAACUUUUUUAUCUAUAACUCGACAUUAGGACCAAAGGAAGGCAUGGAAAAAGAGAAGAUCUUACUUUACCUUCCUGCUGAAGAGGAUAUAGAAAAGAAAAUCAGAAAUGUUGGACUUUGCGAGGCAAUUGUGAAAUUUACUGAGCAGUUCACUCCAGACAAACCAUGUGAGUCAGUUCAUACUCAAAAGACAAGACAGGUUUUUUAUGAACCAGAGAAAGAUUACUGGAUGAUCAUGACGGUGACUAUUCCCUUCAGUGAGAAGAUUGUGGACAGCGCUGGUAAAGAACCUGAACGACAUUAUCACAGUGAAGAUGUUCAUGAUACAGUUUUACGAUCAGUUUUGAAGCAAACCUAUCAGAUGUUCAAGUUGUUCAAUGGUUCAUUCCAACACAUCCUUUCAAUUUGUGAUUUGGCUGAGUUACGGAGAAGAUUAGAAUAUUUCUUUGGAAGAUAUCUAGUGACAAUCAACUUUUCAAAAGUGGAUAUUCUUAGCGUUUUCUCAGGGAUACAGUUCCUUCCAUUGGACAAAAAUACUUUUCUCAAAGUCAGUUGUUUCAUGAAUUUGAUUGAAUACAAGUUCAAUUCAAUAAAGUACACAGUAUUCAUGUUUGAUGAUCAAAUAGUGUGGAGUGGUCUGGAACAGGAGGAUAUGAGAGUUUUGUACAAAUAUCUGACAACCAGUUUGAUUCCAGUUACAAAUGAUGAGUGGGUCAUGUACGAUAAACAAAUGGUUGCUAGAGGAGAGAAUACCAUGUCAAGAACUCAUAGAGGAAGGUUCGUCACUUGUCCUUCAGAUGUAACGGAUGAGACGCGGGGUCCUCCGAGAAAACUUCCUCGUAUUUUUAUCGAAGAAGAUGAUGUUUUAAAAGAAUUCUUUCUUGUUGUCUACCAGGCUCUGGACGCUGUGGUUUGCAUGCUAGUGACAGUGCAUCAACCACCUGAUAAGGAAUUCUGUAAACAGCUGAGCGCUUUCGUUGGACCUCGUUUGACAAGUUUGGCCAACAGCAUAGGAGACCACAAUAAGAAAACCAUUGCGAAUACACCGGAUCACGAAUACCGUUACGUGUAUUUCAAUCAUAUGAACUUGGCCCAGAAAACAACGAUGCAUAACAAGAAACAGAACCAGAUGUGUGUCUCUCCAGAAAUUAUCAAAAUUAUAUGCAACAUCAACGCAGAUUUUGCCAGGGCUAACGAAGAUGGCGAGGUCUUUAUGAAAACACUGACCGACUGCUGGGUUGUCGGCAGAAAAUCUGACCAACGAGAACUUUAUGUUAUUCUUCAUCAAAAGAACGCAAAUUUGAUUGACGUGAACGAGGAAGUGAAGAAAAUGACCGCCACUCAUUUCAGCCAUAUCUUCUUUCUCGACUAAACUGGAGUGAUGAACUACAUCCAUCGUUCACGGUGAAGGUAACACGCUUUGAAUUCUAUCCCUCAAAGAACCAGUAUCACCGACAGUCUUGUUUUUCUUGAAUGUUAAGAACACAAGAUCAUCAAGAUCUAUCUCUGGUUAUCGUUUAUGGUUUCCAUUCAUGAUGGUAACUAGUGGUAGUAACCAGGGAUAGCAACCUUGCAUGGUAACCAUGGAUAAUAACCAUGGAUUCAACCACGGGUAAUAACUAUGGAUAGUAACCAUGGGUAAUAACUAUGAAUAGUAACCAUGGGUAAUAACUAACCAUGGAUAGUAACCACGGGUAAUAACUAUGGAUAGUAACCAUGGGUAAUAACUAACCAUGGAUAGUAACCAUGGGUAAUAACUAUGGAUAGUAACCAUGGGUAAUAACUAACCAUGGAUAGUAACCAUAGAAUAUUAAUAACUUGGCAGGCAUAAUUGCUUUCAUACGGAUGAAGGCGGAGUUGAAAUUAUCCUCAGAAUUUAAAAGCAAUCAGGCAUUUGUCGAAUAUUUUGUAAAGAACAUAAUUGUACAUAAACAGACAUUUUAAAUGUG